GUAAAUAUCUAAAUCAAAUUUUUUCUGGGUGUGUUAUUUCAUGUCACUGUGUUUUUUUUAUUAACUUGUUAUUUUUUCAUUAUUGUCUAUUUGUUUUCAGCGGUCAUGCCGUUAUAUGGGUCAUGGGAUGGCCUCUGAUUGGCUCCUGUGAUUACAUAGGAGUCAGAAGGAGUACCGGGAAUGUAGUCUGAUGUGCUUCACUGAGACAUGGCUUCACCAGGACAUUCCCGACAACAACGUCUCCAUCAGCGGCUUUCAGACUGUUCGGGCCGACCGGGACUGCACCGAGAGCGGUAAGCGCAAAGGAGGGGGGCUUGCUGUUCUAGUAAAUAACCGCUGGUGCAGUCCUGACCAUAUUUCCAUUAAGGAACGUAUCUGUUGCCCGGACAUUGAACUGUUUGCUGUUGGACUCAGGCCGUAUUAUUUGCCCAGGGAGUUUUCACAUGCCAUUAUUGUGACUGUUUACAUCCCCCCCUCUGCCAACCCGACGUCGGCAUGUGACGUCAUUCACUCCGCCAUAGCCCGCCUGCAGACUAAACACCCGAGUGCCUUCAUAGCUAUCUCGGGUGACUUCAACCAUGUCACCAUGGCAACAACAUUGCCCACAUUCACACAGUAUGUGAGCUGCCCUACCAGAGAGGAGAGGACACUGGACUUGCUGUAUGCAAACGCCAAAGAUGCAUACAGCUGCUCCCCCCUCCCCCCUCUGGGUAGGUCAGACCACAACCUGGUGCACCUCAACCCCUGCUAUGUACCACUAGUCAAGAGCCAGCCUGCGACCAUGAGGACAGUGAGGAGAUGGUCGGAGGAGACUUAUGAGACACUGCAGGGCUGUUUUGGUGUGACAGACUGGCAGGCACUCUGUGAGCCACAUGGGGAGGACAUCGACGGGCUCACAGAAUGCAUCACGGACUACAUCAGCUUCUGUGUGGACUCCACUGUCCCAACCAGGACUGUCCAUUGUUACCCAAAUAACAAACCGUGGGUAACAAAGCCAUCCUCAAUGCAAAGAAGAGGGCCUUCAGAGCUGGUGACAGGGAGGAGGUGAGAACAAUACAGGGGGAGCUGAAGAUGAAGAUCAGGGAGGCUAAGGAGAGGUACAGGAGGAAGCUGGAGAGGAAACUCCAGCAGAACAACAUGAGAGAGGUCUGGAGUGGAAUGAGGACCAUCACUGGCUUCAGGACCAACAACCACAGAGGAGCUGAAGGCAGCGUGGACAGGGCCAAUGAACUGAAUCUGUUUUUUAACAGAUUUGACACUGCUGGACCUGCCCAUCCCCCCCCGACUCUUCUGCUGUC